UCUUCACUCAGCUCAGCUCAGACGUGUCGUGUCCCGCCACCAACUCACUCUCUAAGUAUGCUCCCCUUCAAGGCAGUGGACGGUCAGUUCAGUCCAGAGGUCCGGGAGCCGGGCCUCCGAGUGUUUAGGGUGGAGAAGAUGAAGGCGGUGCUGCUGGAUCCCUCCGAGGUGGGAGCCUUUUACAACGGGGACUCCUAUCUGGUGCUGGAGAACCGUGGUGAUGAGGGAACCGACCUCCACAUGUGGAUAGGUGAGAAGUCGUCUCGAGAUGAGCAGGUGGCGUGCGCCAUGCUGGCCACCACACUAGACAACUUUCUUGGCGGUGACCCCAUUCAGCACAGGCAGGUCCAAGGCUACGAGUCCCCGGAGUUCAUGGCUCUCUUCCCCAGAGGAGUCAGCUACAAGGAUGGUGGUGUGGAGUCGGGCUUCAGGAAGCCUCAGGGCUCCGGGCCGGUGCAAAGGUUGUACCAGGUAAAAGGGAAGCGCAACAUCCGUGCCAAGGAGGUGGAGCUGUCCUGGAGCAGCUUCAAUAAAGGAGACUGCUUCAUCCUCGACCUUGGAGAGAUCAUUGUGUCGUGGAUCGGGUCGCAGGCAAACAUCUUUGAGAAGCAGAAAGUGCGCGAAAUUGCCACCCUGAUUCGUGACACAGACAGACACGGUAAAGCCCGAAUUAUGGACUGCAACGAGGGUGAAGAGCCAGAGGAGAUGCUCAAGGUCUUGGGACAGAUGCCUCAGCUGGCAGAGAGCACAGAAGAGGACAGCAAAGCAGACGUAUCUAACUCUGCCUCCCUCUACAAGGUGUCUGAUGCGACAGGUUCCAUGACAAUGACCAAAGUGUCGGAGAAGAGCCCGUUUGCCAAGGAUCUGCUGGUUCGUGACGACUGCUUCAUUCUGGACAAUGGCGCCAACGGAAAGAUCUUCGUCUGGAAAGGUAAUGGAGCAAAUGCUGAUGAGAAGCAGGUGGCCCUACAGAUGGCAGAUAACUUCAUCGAACAAAUGAGCUACCCCAGGAUGAAGACACAGGUGGAGAUACUGCCACAAGGGAAGGAGACCAUCAUCUUCAAGCAGUUCUUCAAGAACUGGAACUAAAACAUUUCAAGGCAACAUUAGGCAAAUCCUGCACACGACAAGAAGCUGUAUAUCUGAGACGGCGUCUAAUACAAGAUACAUUUUUUUUAUAUGCAUUUACUUGUAUGUACAUAUUUGUAAGGUACUGCGCCGACAGAGCACACUGUUUGGCCUUGAUAGAAUAAGAUGUGAUGCCACUUUUAUAAAUGAAAACAAGUUUCUUCUGUUGAGAUUAUAAAGAUAAUAAAGUAAAAGAGUUUGGAUUUUUUUUUUUUUUACAUUUGUUCUUGUGUCACAGACUUGACUGCAUUUGAAAAAUAAAUUUGAAGCUGUUGCUACUUGUAA